AGUCCUGGCGCACCAUACUUUACAGUGACAGUCACGGGCCCGACACUCGUCAAGAGCUACGAAAAUCUGAAGUUAACGCUUCGUUUCACCUAUCACGGAGUUACAGGAACCAACGGCAGCCUUCAGGGGUCUCCUACACCCUCUGUAACGUUCCAUUCUUGGGUACUUACCGAGUCACCAGAUUUCGCUGUCCAGGUACAGAGACGUCGGGCCGGUUCCGACUGGGAGGACUGCCAGAUUUACGAAGAAUAUGUCUGUGGAUGGAUGGUCUAUGACGAGCCUGACGUGAAGGUGUACGUCGGGCAGCAGAGCGAUGACUUUACGAGUCUGAAUCCCGGUGAAUCUUGGUUGACGACCGUGUCUGUGACCGAGCGGCCGGAUAUUUAUUUACCUCGAGACUCGAUGCCUGGCGAUGUAUUUCGUUACCGGGUGAAGAGGUCGGAGGCAGACUGGUGGGAUUGGGGUACUAUGGAGGAGCAUAGAGAGACUGCGCUGAUGCUGCCGUGUUUCAUCAAAGCGAAGGUGACGGACCCCAAGGAUAGGGGGGGACGUCCGAGGUUGUUAGUGCCGGCGUCGGAAUGGUUUGAGUUUACGCUCAUAGAGUAA